AUGUCAUCUCCAGUGUUACAGAAAAUUUUCACCGUGAAAACUAAUUUGUUGAAAAAUAAUGUCAGUCAUCAUAUCUCAUUUGUGACACCAGACAUUGCAUGGGUCACCAGUUGGAACAAUUUGAAACUAACAAAUACAGAGGGUGACAAUUUACAUUAUCUUGACGAUAAAUAUUAUAACGAUUGUGCACACACUGUGACUGGCGAAGGCACUCUUGUAUACAUAGAUAGGUAUUAUAACAUCAACAAACUCUCGGACAAUGAAACCAAGUCUAUAUUAAUGAGUAAAACAGAACCUUGGAUUCCAUACUGUAUUUUCUGCUCUCCUUUAAAUGGAGAUUUUCUCAUUGGGAUGAGGAGGGAAGAUAAAUUGAUAGCCAAGGUAGGCCGCUACAACAGUAAAGGACAGGAACUCGUACACAGCCCAGAUCAGGGACUGUAUCAAUCUACAAGAUGUAUCACAGAAAACCAAAAUAGAGAUGUGAUUGUUGCUGAAAAUAUCUUUGGAUCAGGUGUUUUGGUUGUGACAGACUCAACUGGAACACACCGCUUCUCCUACAAAGGAAAUCAAAGAAAAUUGAAAUUUGAACCUCAUGGAAUUUGUACAGAUGCUCUUUCACAUAUACUUGCGUGUGAUGGUUAUACCAAGAAGUGCAGGUGA